AUGAAUGAUUAUAAAAUUCCGAUAAUCGAGCCAACGAUCGAUUACACGAAGGUUCCACCGAUCAACCAGAAAAGAACUAUUGCAUUUAUUAACCAUUUUAUUGUGCAUACUGUAACGUUUCUCAAUAAAUUUGCAUUAUCAUGCGAAGAAAGAUUAUUCGAGUUUGAAAAUAAGUUGCAGAGAAUAGAAGCUUCUUUAGAAAUUUUAGAAUCUUGGUUAUCAUCUGUUCCUAAUCCAGAACAAGAUCACCAAGACACACAAGAUCCUGUAGAAAAUAAUGACACUACACAGGAAGAAAAUGUACCAGUAAGAUAUGAUGAACCUGAUAAUAUUACACAAGAUGAGCCCAAAACUAUAGUGACUGAAGAACAACCUAUAAAUAAAGAUCCCCGGUAUGAAAAAUAUUUUAAACUGAUACACGUUGGUGUACCACAGGAAGCACUUAAAUUAAAGAUGGAACAAGAAGGAUUGGACUCAUCUGUAUUGGAUGAUACCCAACAAGUAGUUUCUAAGCCAAAGUCUAUGGAUUAUGGUGACAAUGAAGGAGAUUAAAUGUUUAGUAG